AUGCGCCACAUCGAUUCAAGCCUGGUUUUCGAUAGUCAUCUUUUUCUUACUCUCUCUCUUUUUCUGGUCCAUAUCUGUCUCUCUCCAUAG